GGGCCACAGUGGGCAGGUGCACCAAGUCAAAUAUAAGCUGCAUUUAGAGUUUCCUCACAGAUGCGAGGAGGGAAGACUUUCAGCUUCAGGAUGGCCGUGUUCACGUUUGUGUUGCUUGUCUCUAUUGGUCUCCAAGGAUGUGUUCUGACUUUGACUUAUGAUAUUGAUGGUUUGCGAAGUGUUCCAGAUGAUUCUAAAACUGGGGAUGUCUGCAAAGACUGCACCCAAAUAUUUGAACUCCUUGUUGACCUGCUUUCCAAUGCAGACCUCCAGAAAAAGAUCAUGGGUGAGAUUGAAUCUCUGUGCGACCAUCUGCCUGGACCAGCUGCUGUCAAAGUCUGCAAAGACGAGGUGGAGAAGAUGCUCCCAGUGGCCAUCAACUUCAUGACUGUUGUUGUCAAACCAGCAGAGGUUUGCAAGAUCAUCGGUCUCUGUAACUCUUGUGACAGUCGUGAGAAGAUGCUCAGGUACUUUGUCCAGGAGGCACUACAGUCUGCAGUGACAAGUGACAAUGUGCAGCCCACAACACAAUGCUCCUUCUGCAUUUUUCUUGUCAAGACUUUGGAGGAUUUGCUGCCAAAAGAAAGGACCGAGGGCGCUGUCAUCAAGCUGCUCGAGGAGAUUUGUCACAUUUUGCCCUCCACCUACCGCGACCAGUGCGAGGCCGUCAUCGGCAAGUUCAGCAAGACGGUGCUGGAUGCGAUCCUGAGCUACGCCACGCCUCAGACCAUCUGUGCCCUCAUCCACCUGUGUAAAGGGCAGGAGGCCGCUUUUGUAGAUCCAUGCACUUUGGCGUCGUACAGGUGCAGAGACAUGAAGACCGCCCUCAAAUGUGGAACUUUGUUCUACUGCCAGAAAUUUGCCGGGAAGCCUCUGAGCUACAACACACUCUAAAAUCUUGAGGGUGGAUCAAAAAUAUGAGUCAACCUCGUGGACGAUCUUUCCGCAUCAAGCUGCAAGUGUUUUCCAACUGCUCCACGUUCUGAUAGUAUUCCUUUCAUGUCCUGAUUUGACAUGUUACAGCAUUUUGUGAUUUAGCGCCUGCUUUGAGUGAAGAAAUCCAUAGUUUAACAAAAUACAGGGAAUUUCUGAACUUCAGCCGCAAAGAUAUAAACGCUUUACUGGAUCAAAUGGUUAAAUCCUUAACAGUUACUUUGUUUUUUACACUUUUGUACUAACCAAAUAGUAUUUUAUACAUCAACUUUCCUGACUUCAUCAGCUUUAACAAGGUGUUUUCUUGUAAUCUUUAAGAAAAUUAGCAUAUAAAGUAUGCGACAUGGCUGUGAUAGGACUGCUUUAUCAAUAAAAGUGCCAUCUGUG